GCGUGUCCCUUUCGCUCUCUACCAAAUGGCCAGCGCGAGCGCGUCUGCCAGUUCAAAGCUCCGUUCAGACGCAAUUCUGUCCACGUUGCCUGAAUCAACAUCUCGCCCCCCAUCUCCGUCGCUACCAGAGAUACCUACUUCAAAUCUCGAUCUCACAUUUUCGUUCGAGUCCAUAUUGGGGCAUUCCAAGGGCCCCGACUCGCGCGUCGAGAAUGUGCACAAGAGGGCAAGUAAUGUUCUUAAGCUAACACAGGAGAACGAGAAGUUGAAAGAGGAGCUGAGAGCAAUGACCGCCAGACUAGAGGCUGCCGAACGCAAGCGCCGCGAAUUGGACGACAGAAACCAAAAACCACAUCGCCCAUCAUAGACUUCUGUGAUCCCCAUGUUGACACUUGAUACCCGUCCAAUGCAUUCCGUGUCUUUCCUUUUUCUUUUUUUUUUUUUACUCUCUUCUUCUUUUUCUCCACAAACCCCGUUCUGAUACCCGAAAGCACUUCCCGUUAUGAUUGCGCUUUUCAUAUUUGUCCAAGUACCGUUGCCCGCUCUGUCCAUGUCAAUCCAGUGUCCGGUCUAAAUAAGUGUGUGCGGUGUCGUGUUUAUAUAAGGUUUGAGGGAAGCGACAUACGGUCGUCCGCA